CUGAAAGCAACUGGGAUUAAUUUGAGGAUAAAAACAUGUGUUUAAUCUAUGAAGAGGAACAGAGAGCGGCAGAGUGCCUCAGACGCCUCCUCAUCUUCCUCCACAUCCUCUUCCUCCUCUAGCCUCGGAGGUUUCGUGGACUUCUCUUUCACCCAGGAGCCUCAGGACACGGUGACAGUGCGAGGGGGCGUGCUGCAGCUCGACUGCCAGGUACAGUCCGACGCGGUGGCGAGGCCCCUCACCAUCACGUGGCGUAAGGACGGCGUGCUGCUGAGCACUGUGGUGGACGAACGGCGGCGGCAGCUGAAUAACGGCUCGCUGCUGGUGCAGAACGUGGUGCACUCAAGGCACCAUCGGCCCGACGAGGGAGAGUACCAGUGCCUCGCCACGCUGGACGGACUGGGGAGCAUCGUGAGCCGGACCGCCAAGGUGACCGUGGCCGGUCCGCUGAAGGUGGUCGUCCCCACCGAGUCCGUCUCCUCAUACCUCGGCGACACGGCUCUGCUGCGCUGUGAAGUCUCUGGUGACCCAACACCCAUCAUCCGCUGGCAGAAGAACCGGGAGGACCUGGCGGUGACCUUUGACCCUGACUCCCGCCUGGCGGUGCUGCCCUCCGGCUCGCUGCAGGUCAGCCGUGUCCAGCCGCCGGACUCAGCCACGUACCGCUGUUUGGCCGACAACCCCGGCAGCACCAGGACGGGGACAGACGCCGAGCUCCGAGUGCUCCCAGAACCCGGGGUCACCAGGAACCUUCAGUUCCUCCAGCGUCCGUCCAGAGUAAUGGCUCUGCUGGGAACCGACGCCGUGCUGGAGUGUUCUGCUUCUGGAUAUCCGACUCCAGUCAUCCAGUGGAGGAGAGGAGAGGAACUGAUCCAGAGCUGGAAUAAGAAAUACUCCCUGCUGGCCGGCAGUAACCUGAUCAUCAGGAGUGUCACUGAUGACGACUCUGGCAGCUACAGCUGUACGGCCUCCAACAAAAUCCACAACAUCACUGCGCAGGCAGAGCUCAGUGUGCUGGUGCCUCCUCAGUUCCUGAACUACCCGACCAACACGUACGCCUACGAGUCCACCGACAUCGAGCUGGAGUGUGCCGUGACAGGAAACCCUGCACCGACAGUCCGCUGGAUGAAGAACGGAGAGGAAGUCAUCCCCAGCGACUACUUCCAGAUAGUGGAUGGCAGUAACCUACAGAUUUUGGGUUUGGUGAAAUCAGAUGAAGGAUUUUAUCAGUGCGUCGCUGAGAACUCAGCAGGAAGCUCACAGGCGAUGGCUCAGCUGCUGCUCCGAGAGCCAGUGUCCCCCAGCCCAGGCGUUGCCCUCCCCUCUGCCCCCCGCGACCUGGUCCCUGUCCUAGUGUCCAGCCGAUUUGUCCGACUCAGCUGGCGCCCCCCGGAGGAGUCUGGAGGAGCUGUGCAGACCUAUGGCGUUUAUUACUCCCAGGAUGGAGUCGAGAGGGAGCGGUCAGUGAACGUGUCGGAGCCCGAGUCUUUGGAGCUGACGGUUUCCAACCUGAAACCAGAGGAGAGCUACAGCUUCAGAGUCAUCGCCUACAAUGACGUGGGACCAGGAGAGAGCUCCGCCUCCCUGAGGAUCACCACCAAACCCGACCUCCAGGUUCCCAGCAGGGUGGAGUCUCUCCGAGCGGAGGCUCUGUCUCCCACCUCUGUCCAGGUGAGCUGGGAGCCUCCCAGCCAACCAAACGGCCCCAUCCUGGGCUACAGACUUCUGUGGACCGAGAGCCCGUCUGGCAAGGAACAGAGUGUGGAAGUGAACGGACUGAACUACAAAAUGGAGGGACUCAAUAAGUUCACAGAGUACACGGUUCGGGUUUUGGCGAUCAACCGCUACGGACCGGGCACUGCUUCAGAGACCGCCAGCGUCACCACCCAAUCAGACGUUCCCAGUGCGCCUCCUCAGAACAUCACCUUAGAGGUUGUCCUGUCCAGGAGCAUCAAGGUGUCGUGGCAGCCGCCUCUGCGUAGCGCCCAGAACGGCAUCAUCACUGCCUACAAGAUCAAAUACAGGAAGACCGGUCGGCGUGGAGACCAAGAGGCCAUCGAACCUAACAACUUCUGGUACCUGUUCACAGGUCUAGAGAAGGGCAGUCAGUACAGUUUCCAGGUAGCAGCCAUGACGGCCAAUGGAACGGGUCCAGCCAGUGACUGGUACACUGCUGAGACGCCAGAGAACGACCUGGACGAGAGCCAGGUACCUGACCAGCCCAGCUCUUUGCACGUCAGGCCGCUGCCCAACAGCAUCAUCAUGUCCUGGACUCCGCCCCUCAGCCCCAACAUCCUGGUCCGUGGUUACAUCAUAGGAUACGGAGUGGGAAGUCCCUACGCCGAGACGGUCAGGGUGGACAGCAAGCAGAGAUACUACUCCAUUGAAAACCUGGAGCCGAGCUCGCACUAUGUGAUUUCCCUGAAGGCGUUCAAUAAUGCCGGAGAAGGAGUUCCUCUGUACGAGAGCGCCGUCACUCGAUCUCUGACAGACCCCAUAGACCCAUCUGAGGAUGACCUCUUCCACCUCUUUGAUAAAUACCCCACUCCCAUGCCAGACACCAGCACUCCCAUGAUCCCCCCGGUGGGGGUCCAAGCCGUGGCUCUGUCCUCGGACUCCGUCCGCGUCUCCUGGGCCGACAACUCCAUGACCAAGAACCAGAAGGCGUCUGAAGUCCGUUACUACUCCGUCAAGUGGAAGACCAGCUACUCCACCAGUGGGAAGUACAAGUCUGCAGACACCACUGCGCUCAGCCACACCGUCACUGGCCUCAAGCCAAACACCAUGUACGAGUUUGCUGUCAUGGUAACCAAAGGCCGCAAGUCCAGCACGUGGAGUAUGACGGCGCACGCCACGACGUAUGAAGCAGCUCCUAGUUCCGCCCCCAAAGACUUGACAGUGAUCAGCCGUGAGGGACGACCCCGCGCAAUUUUAAUCAGCUGGCAACCGCCGAUGGAGGCGAACGGACGAAUCACAGGUUACAUCCUGUACUACACGCUGGAUAAGAACAUGCCCAUAGAUGACUGGGUGAUGGAGGCGAUCAGCGGCGACCGGCUGACCCAUCAGGUCGUCGAUCUGAACCUCGACACAGUUUAUUACUUCAGGAUUCAGGCCAAGAACGCCAAAGGAGUCGGCCCGCUGUCUGAGCCCGUUCACUUCAGGACCGCCAAAGUGGAACAUCCAGACAAGAUGGCCAAUGAUCAAGGUCGAGGGGGAGACCACGCCUACUGGCCAUCUGACACCAACCUAAUCGAUAAGAGCAGCAUCAAUGAGUCUCCCAUUGGUCAGAUGCGUCCACCUCAUGGCAGCGCCACACCUCAGAAGAACAGUAACCUCCUGGUCAUCAUAGUGGUUUCCGUGGGAGCCGUCACCGUGGUCGUGGUCGUCAUCGUGGCUCUCAUCUGCACCCGGCGCUCCUCCGCCCAGCAGAGAAAGAAGAGAGCGAGCCACAGCGCUAGUAAGAGGAAGGGCAGCCAGAAGGACCUGCGACCUCCUGACCUCUGGAUCCAUCACGAGGAAAUGGAGAUGAAGAACAUGGAGAAAGCUCCCAGCGUCGCCCCGUCCGGACAUGAUUCGCCCAUCCAGUCAUGCCAGGACCUCCCCCAGGUCGCACACAGCCAAUCAGAGAGCCAGAUCGGCAGCAAGAGCAGCCACUCGGGAGCUGAUGGAGACGAGGCCUCCAGCAGUAUCUCCACUCUGGAGCGCUCCCUGGCUGCCAGGAGGGGGACACGGGGCAAAAUGAUGAUUCCUAUGGACUCACAGCCAAGCAACACACCCGUGGUCAGCGCCAUCCCAGUCCCAGCUCUGGACUCCUCUCAGUAUCCUGGUAUUCUGCCGUCACCGUCCUGCAGCUUCACGCACAACAAGUUCAGCCUGAGACCGAUGCCUUUCCCCAGCCUGACCGUGGACAGAGGAUACACACCAGGUACUCAUUUUAAUCUUCACAGCUCUCCCUCCACCGCCCCCCCCCCCCCCCUCCCCCCCUCCCCCGGAGAACACACAGAGGCCCAGGCGGGAAGCGGUCGGACCAUCCCGACAGCCUGCGUGCGGCCCACCCACCCGUUACGAAGCUUCACCAACCCACUUCUGCCACCGCCCAUGGGGACCAUUGACCCCAAGGUGUACACCUCCAUGAUGCCGCAGUCCAGCGCAAGCCUCCCGAAGACCCAGGUGAAGACGGCAUCGCUGGGUCAGGCCGGUAAGGCUCGUUCCCCUCUGCUGCCCGUCUCGGUCCCUACGGCGCCGGACCUACCGGAGGAGGGAGGAACGAAAACUGCCGAGGAUUCAGCUGCCAACGUUUACGAGCAGGACGACCUGUCGGAGCAGAUGGCCAGUCUAGAAGGACUGAUGAAACAGCUCAAUGCCAUUACCGGCUCCGCCUUCUAA